GGAGGUCAGCAAGUCCCAAAGUGGCUCUGGAACGUGGGAGGGUCAGGUCCCGCUUCCAGGGAGCCUCUUCCUGAAGGUACAGAGUCUGAUUCCGUCGUGUGAGUUCAAAGCGUGACGUGAUGUGACAGGCCCAGGGAAGAAUAAGGAUGCUGCCAGGCACUGGGGAAUGCUCACGGCUGUUUUCCUGACCGCAGAUCCCGAAACAUCACUUCUGCAAAUUACAGUGCCACGGAAGAUUGAGACAAACGCCCAUGGUGAAGUUGCAGAAACGCAUGUCACUUAUGCCAUCAAAAUUGACCAGAAAACAUACACUCUCCAUCUUGAAAAACAGUCACUUUUAGACCCUCAUUUCCUCGUGUAUGCAUACAACAAAUCAGGAACAUUGUAUCCAGAUUCUUCAUUUAUAAAGGGCCAUUGCCUUUAUCAAGGAUACGCCGCAGAGGUUCCCAAAUCAGUUGUGACACUUAGCACUUGUUCUGGACUCAGGGGAUUAUUGCAUUUGGAGAACGUCAGUUAUGGCAUUGAACCAUUGGGAUCUGCAGCUGCAUAUGAGCAUAUGCUUUAUCAAAUAAAGAAAUAUAAAGUUGAUUUUUUGCCUUUACAAGAAAACCAUCCCAGGACCCAGGUGGUAGAUCAGUCCUACCAGAUACUUGUGAAAUCGGUAAAAAAUUCAGAUGUUGAGCUAUUGAAAAGAAUUCUGAAAAUACAAAUUAUUAUGGAUAAAGCCUUGUUUGAUUUCAUGGGCUCUGAAGUAGCAGUUGCAACUGAGAAAGUUGUCCAUAUCAUUGGUGUAAUCAAUACUGUAUUUUCCCAGCUUAAAGUGACAGUUAUGCUAACUUCUUUGGAGCUCUGGUCUGAUCAAAAUAAGAUUUUGCUUAGUGGGGAUGCUAAUGAAAUACUACAAAGAUUUGUGUCAUGGAAAGAACAAUUUUUGUCUCAAAGGUCCCAUGAUCUGGCAUACUUAUUAAUUUAUAGGAACCAUCUUGAUUAUGUGGGAGCAACAUAUCAUGGAAUGGCAUGCAAUCCAAAGUUUGCUGCAGGAAUUGCUCUGUAUCCACAGAUGAUAACUUUAGAUGCAUUUUCAGUUGUUAUGACACAGUUGCUUGGAAUUAAUCUGGGAUUAACAUAUGAUGAUAUCUACAAUUGUUACUGCCCAGGAACUACAUGCAUAAUGAAUCCUGAAGCAAUACAUUCCCUUGGUGUAAAGUAUUUUAGCAGUUGCAGCAUUGAUGAAUUUAAGCAUAAGCUUUCACAGCCUGAAUUUGAAUGUCUUCAGAAUAAAACAGUUUCAGAAGUCUUUCGCCAAGGAAGAACUACAGCUUGUGGUAAUAAAAUUAUGGAACCACCAGAACAAUGUGAUUGUGGUUUACCAGAGAAAUGCAGUCAUAAAAAAUGCUGCGAUCCUGUAACUUGUACUCUAAUCGGAAAUGCAGAGUGUGGCAGUGGACCAUGCUGCGAUAGAAGAACUUGCCUGAUAGCCGAAAGAGGACGUUUAUGUAGGAAAAGGAAAGAUCCAUGUGAUUUUCCAGAAUAUUGCAAUGGAACAUCUUCGGCUUGUGUACCUGAUGUGGUAUCUGCUGAUUUACAGCCAUGUAAUAAUAACACUGCCUAUUGCUAUAGGGGAAUAUGCCGAGAUCCAGAUGUACAGUGUGAAACAUUAUUUGGAAAAUUUGCUAAAGUUUCUACUUACCUAUGUUCACAAGAAGUGAAUUUUCAAGGAGAUGAGUUUGGAAACUGUGGUAGUACGACUUGUGAUUUUCGGGAUAUCCUUUGUGGAAAGAUAGUUUGUCACUGGACACAUUCACAGAUAGUACCAAGAACAGUUUAUAAUGUUCAAUAUACUUACCUUGGAGGCCAUAUAUGUUUGUCAGCAUAUUUAAGAAGUGAAGCAACAUCUUCAUUGAAGGAUUUAACUAAAGUGUAUGAUGGCACUAUAUGUGGUGAACGGAAGUAUUGUUUUAAUGGAUCCUGUGUUGAUAUAAGUGAGCACUCAGUAACAGCAAAUUGUGACUCAGUAAUAAAUUGCAGUGGACAUGGGGUUUGCAAUAAUAUGUUUAAUUGUCACUGUGAUGUUGGAUAUUCUCCUCCAAAUUGUUAUCCAAAACCAUCAUCACCAGGAGGAAGUUAUAAUGAUGGGUAUUGGCUUCCAGAAGAGAAAGGUCAAAACAUACCUGCAAAACGACAUGCUGCUCCUCGAAAAAAUGGCCUCUUCAUCAGUUUCUACAUUUUCCUACCUUUCCUUACUUUAAUUGCCAUCAUUGCUCUUAAAUGGAAUAAAAUAAGAUUUUGGAACAGAGCGGAAACAGUAACUGGAGAAUCUACAUCAGAAGACAGCAAUAUUAAGAGCAACCAGUCAUCUAGUUAAAGCUUUCCUUAGUGGUAAUCACUGGUGACAGAUCACCACAACAAAUAUAAUGAGAAAGCUUGACACAUUGCAAGAAUUACCAAAAUGUGACACAGAGACAUGAAGAGGAUAAAUGCUUUGGAAAAAGUCAUGCCUAUCGAAUAGCUCAAUGAGGGAUGCCACAAGUCUUCAAUCUGUUAAAAAAUAAAAAGUAUCUGUGAAAUGCAAUAAGACA